CUACACUUGAUGUCCUAUAUGAUAGUGAAAGAUGAGAAGGGAAUAAUUGAAGUAAAGUGGCAGAUUUGGAGGAAGACGAUGGAAAGAAGAGAAGACGUGAAGCUGUUCAACUUUCAUGCGAGUCCAUUUGGUCAGAGGGUGAUUUGGGCUCUGAAACUAAAGGGUGUUGAUUAUGAGUGCAUAGAAGAAGACAUCUUCAACAAGAGCAACCUCCUUCUCGAGCUGAACCCCGUUCACAAGAAGGUGCCUGUUCUUGUUCAUUGCAACAAACCAAUUGCAGAAUCACUUGUAAUCCUUGAAUACAUCGAUGAAACAUGGAAGCAGUAUCCGUUGAUGCCUCAGAAUCCUUAUCAAAGAGCUCAUGCUCGCUUUUGGGCUAAUUUUGCUGAACAUAAGCUUUUGGAUGCUGCGUGGAUGGCAAUGCGUAGUAGCGGGGAAGAACAAGAAAAGGCUGUGAAUGAGGCAAGAGAAGCAGUGGAGAAGAUAGAAGAAGAAAUUAAGGGAAAGAGAUUCUUUGGAAGGGACAACAUCGGUUUCCUUGACAUUGCAAUUGGAUGGAUUUCUUACUGGAUUCCUGUUUGGGAGGAAGUUGGAUCAAUGAAGAUAUUAGACCCUUUGAAAUUCCCAGCCAUCAAUGCAUGGAUUACCAAUUUCCUCAGCCACCCUACCAUCAACGAUACUCUGCCUCAAAGAGACAACAUGAUUGUUUACUACCACAGUCGCAGAAAGGAAGUGUCUCCAUUUUGAUGUCUUUUACUUUUCAUGCCUGCCUCCACCUCUACACUUGUUCCUUUCUGAAUAAAAAAUUAAAAAGAACCUCGGAAAAGAUGUACUUUUGACCAAAACCUAAAAUAGGAACAAGUAUUCAAUUUGGCUUAAACAAUCUAUUAUCGGUGACAACGAUAGAUUGUGUAUGAAUUUAUCUUAAAUUUUAAAAAUAAAAUUCAGUUAUGUAC